UAGCGGAACUAAAAUAUUGAAUCGAGUCUUCUUUCAUAUGGUGCUGAUGGUGCUCUGGAACACUUCUGCUGAAAGAAUGCGCGCAUUUUCGUACGACACAUUGAAGAAAAUGUUCGCAUAGUAUCAUUCAGAAAACUCGAUUGAGGAUAAACUUUAUCAUUUGUGUAAAUCGUGUGAGAAAUUUAUCGAUCAGUAUUUUGUUCGCCAUGGACAGGAGAAAAAUGUCUACAGCAGGGGACUCCCUCUAUCAGAUUUUGGAAGUUCCAAAAACUGCUACUUCGGAAGAAAUUAAAAAGACAUAUAGAAAACUGGCCCUGAAAUAUCAUCCUGAUAAAAAUCCUAACAAUCCAGAAGCAGCUGAAAAGAUUUUUCACACAAAGCGAAGUCCACCCCACACCUCCUGCUUACAGGGCACAACAAGAUCUCUAGUUGUACUGGUCCACAUGGAUUUUCAACUUUCCACGCGAAGCAAUAUCCAUCCCAUAUCCAUCCCUAACUAAUGAAAUCGAGUUUUA